AUGAGGGUUCCCUGGGUGCUGCUGGCUGCCGCUCUGCUCCCGCUCCCGCUCCCGCCCGGUGACGCCGCCGGGCCGCUGCCCACCCUGGCCCCGCCACUGAGCAUGGUGGUGGCCGGGCAGCGGCGGCAGCUGGUGGCCUGCGUGGUGAGCGAGCUGGCCCCCGGCUCCGGCCACGCCGUCUGGAUCGCCAGCGGGAACGGCAGCGCCCUGCAGGCCUUCACCUACGGGGCCUCGCCGGAGGAUGGCGGCACCCUCUGCACCGUCUCCCUCCUCCCCAGCGGCCCCCCGGCCCAGGAGGAGCUCGCCUGCCAUGUGGGGCCCAACAGGACCUCCCCGGCCCACAGCUCCAGCCCCAUCCGCGUUGCAGGCGAGGAGGCGGCGGCGGAGCUGUGCGCCGGCGGCACGGCCGUGUGCAAGUACGUGGCGGUGGAGCUGAAAUCCGCUUUUGAGGAGACCGGCAAGACCAAGGAGGUGAUUGACACCAAGUACGGCUUCCUGGACGGGAAGGGCUCUGCCGUCAAGUACACGCAGUCGGACAUCCGGCUCAUCGAGGUGACGGAGAACAUCUGCAAGCGGCUGUUGGAUUACAACCUGCACAAGGAGAGGAGCGGCAGUAACAGAUUCGCUAAGGGCAUGUCGGAGACGUUCGAGACCCUGCACAACCUGGUGCACAAGGGCGUCAAGGUGGUGAUGGACAUUCCCUACGAGCUGUGGAACGAGACCUCCGCUGAGGUGGCUGACCUCAAAAAGCAGUGCGACGUGCUGGUGGAGGAGUACGAGGACGUGAUCGAGGACUGGUACAGGCACCACCAGACGGAGGAUCUCUCCCAGUUUCUCUGCGCCGACCACGUGCUAAAAGGGAAGGACACGAGCUGCCUGGCCGAGAAGUGGACCGGCAAGAAGGGGGACGGGGCAAGCGUGGGGGAGAAGCGGGGCAAGAAGAGGAGCGGGAAGAAGAAGAAGAAGAAAGGCGGGAAGGAGGAGAGCGAGGGCCCCGCCAGGCUCCCGGCGGCGGGGGGGGCCCUGGAGGAGAGCGGGGUGCAGGAGGAGGCUCCGCUCACCCACAGCCCGGCCCAUGAGCUGUAG